AUGAAUCGGCUGUUGUUGCUUCAAAAGGUUACCUCUUCCUUAGUCAGCGUUUCUCAAUCGUUGAUUUGGAAAGGAAGUAUCUUUGCUCCAGUAUUUUCAUACAAUUGGGUUUUACACCCAACAGUACGCUGGAAAUCUAAAGGGGCACAUGUGAAAAACGUUAAAAAAUUUGAUCGGAAUGAUAUCAAUGCAGAAAUUUUAUCACUUGUAAAAGAGGAUAAAAUGAACAAAGAAUUUCAGAAUAUCUUGUCACGUUUUCAAAACUCCUUAGUCCAGCGUUUAAGUUUAAGAAUGACUCCACAGAUAUUUUUCGACAUUAUGCUUCCUGAACUAAAUGUAAAACUUGGUCAAGUGGCGAAUAUAAUCCAGCAAAAUAAUAUGCACCAAAACAUGACCUCAAAGAAUUCUCAUAACAAAGCAAAUGUAGGAAAUCACUAUCUUCUCGUCGAUCUUGCUGGCAGACCUGAACUUUUUGUUUCUGCUCGAAAGGCGGUAAUUUCCUUUUUAGAUCCAUGCAAAGAUGGUUCUGGGGAAGACAGAGUCCAAUCAGUUAGUGAAUGUGCUUUUACCAUACAAUUAAAUACUGUUAUUACCCAGGAAUCUCGUCAAAAAGCCCUGCUUCAAGGACAAGAAUUAUUACAUCAAACAAUUCAUGAAAUGGAUAAAAUUUAUCAUACUCAUAAUAAACUAUUGCAUUCUAAAGAAGUCAAAGAAAAAUUAAGUGAAGAUGAUCUAUUCAUAGCUCGUGAAUAUCUACGUACAAUAAUUAAAGAACAACAUAAAUUAGCUGAAUCAAUGUGGAAUCCGAAAAAAUUAGAAUUAGAAGGUGAAAAAUGA